AUGAUGCGCCUGUUUGCAUUGUAUUUCCUCUUCUUGUUGGCCGCCAGGGCCGACGACUGCCCGCCGGCGACAUGGCAGGCCAAAGGCUCGGAGGGAGCGUCUAACCCCAAGACCCCGAAGCACCCUCGCAGCACGCUGGUGACCACUGCGGACAAAAAGAUUCGGCCCGGCGACGUCAACUGCCGCUACUCGUCCACCACAAGCGCCACCGUGAACUACGACACGUGUACUCAGAUGGCGACCAAGUAUGGCACGGCCGUCGACCACUUCUUCAUGCUGAACCCCACGCUUGAGCUGGACUGCAGCAACAUUCAGCCCAAGACCGAGUACUGCGUUGAUGGCUGUCAGCUACCGCCCUCCCAUGAUGUUGUAACCCCGGCGGGACUAACGAGAACAGUCAUCGAGCCCUUGAGAGCCACGGACGGGCGCUGCGGGCCCCCCAACCGCAACGCUACGUGUCUCGGCAUGCCCCACGGGCAAUGCUGCAACUCGGAGACAUGGACGUGUGGGAACUCGGCUGAUGACUGCGCCCCCGGCACCUGCUACGAGGGCAUCUGCUUCGGCGACAAGAUAUACAGCACAGACGGCACCUGCGGUCCGGACCACGGCGACCGGCUGUGCGCCGGCAAAUGGGGCGACUGCUGCAACCAGGACGGCGCCUGCGGCACGGGCGACGAUUUCUGCGGCCCCUCGGUGUGCUUCUCCGGCAAAUGUACCCUUCCCGACGUCGAACCGCCGCCGGCUGACUGGAUGGAAGGGAAAACCCCCGACGGCACGUGCGGCGGUAAGAACGGCUACGUCUGCUAUGGGAGGUGGGGCUCGUGUUGUAACAAGGAUGGCAUCUGCGGUAUCAUGUUGUCGGAUUGUGGUGAUGGAUGCCAGCCUGAGUUUGGCGAUUGCACCCCUCUUAGACUGUCGGAUGCCCCCCCCAGGAUCUCGUCCACAUUCAAAUCGUCUUCCUCCAUGCCCACCUCACACAUCACGGCCACUCCCACCUCCCUGCCCUCGUACGGCCAGACCUGCUUCAACAACACGGCGACCCCACCGCCACUAGCGUGGCCAACCUGCCGGCCUUGGCAUUCUUACCGCGCGGCCGGUCCUGCCCGCAGCAGCGAAGCGGUUGCGGCUCAUCAUCCUCCUCCCCAUCAUCCCCCUUCCUCCUCCUCCCCACCACCACCACCACCACCCGCGCGGAAAAGCCUCCCCCACUUCACACCAGGGAACGCGCCGCCAUCCGCCGCACCCACCUCCGAGUGCCCCUCAUGCGCAUUCAGCCAAUUCUCCUCCCCGCCCUCCAGCUCCGACACGCGCACGGUGAUGGCCUACGAGGACACCCUGGGCUCUGAGAUGGGCCGCGCGCCGACGGCGUGGUGUGUCCCGGCCGCGGGGUCGUAG